AUGAUCGAGCCCAAAGAGCGGCUUUGGGCAGGGUCGGGCAACUUGCUCACUGGCGGCCCGUACACGUGGCAUAUUACCGAUCUAGACCAGCGAAGGCAUUUCUCCGUCACAUAUGCUCCGCCAGCUCCAGUUGAACAUGUCGAGGAUACAGAGGAUAUUUGCAUGGCCCAGCUCCAAAAACAUGUUAACCAACUGGGCGAUGGCGUUUACGGAAUUUACUUCUCAGAACCAGAUGGGCCUAUUACCAUGUCUACGAACCAGGAAGACGACGUGACCUGGUAUGUCAACUGCCAUCCAGUGGCUGCCUUGGAGCUUCCAUUUCCUAUCAAGACAGUCUCCUUAAAAAGCCUGACCGAGCUGGACCGACUAGCGCCUCAAGUCGAUCUAGUAUCAUACCAAGGAACCCCGUGUAUUGGUAACACGAAAAUAUCCGCCGUGUUCAAGUACUGGUUUAUGGAGAAUGGCAUGUUUCGAACUUGGUAUGAACUGAAUAGUUGGAGCCGCUUACCUCGGGAUCACCCACAUAUUGUCCCGUUCGAUUCUGUCGUGCUUAAUGCAACUGGUGGGAUUGUCGGGUUCACCACUUUAUUCAUCCCUGGCGGUACACUCAAAGACAACAACGCUACAACUAGGCCCUUUCGUCUUCAGUGGUUUUACCAGCUCUUGUCUGUGGUAGAUGACCUCAACUACCAGUACGGCAUCAUGCAUCAGGACAUCGCACCGCGGAAUAUAGUGAUUGAUGAAGAAGAAGAUAAUCUUCGAAUCUUUGACUUUAACUACUCAAUCAUGAUUGACAAGCACUAUACGCCUCAUCGGGAUGAUAUCAAGGGUGUAAUUUUUACGUUGUACGAGAUUAUCACUCUAGAUGAGCAUUUUCGUGAGCUUCCUCACGAGCAACAAAAUGCCGAAGCACUCCUACAAAUGGAGUGGCUAAAACACCCUAAGGUGAAGCUGGACAGUGAUGUUCAAGCAUUUCGGAGUGCCUUGGAUGUGGGUCAUAAACAGAAAGAGCAAGGAGUUUAA